UUAAAAUUCCUCAAAACGACUUUCUCAUUCUCUCUACUCAAAUAAAGCGACUCCUUAAACGAAAAAGAAAAGGUAAAGGACUUGACUGUCUGUCUGUGCUUUUAUCGAUUCCAUUGUUCUUCAGCUUCUUCAAUUCGCUCAGUCAAAACAAGGUUUUAUUGUUAGUGUUUUUGAACUUCGCUUUUGACCUUUGUUGUUGGAUCAAUGCCUCCCGCUGACUCUCCACAGUGGCAAGAGAAGGCUAGUGAUUUCUUUUCGUCAUCAGGGGUGAAGCUUAAACAGGCUGGACAAUCAGCAGGAACAUUAAUCGGGGAUGUUGCAAAGGACGCUAAAGGUAAUGUCACUGAUGUGGCAGAACGAGUUGGUUCAGUGGUCAAAAGCCGAUGGGCACUUCUUCAACAGCCAUCAACCAGACAUGCUGUUCAGGAGCGUCUUAUAACUGCUGCUGCUACUACUGGAAUGUUUUUGAGGAGAGGUUUCUCAGAAACAAAAGAUAAGGCUGCAGUUGGGAAGACAAAAGUUGAAGAGGCUGCAAAAAAAACUGCUCAAAAAAGCAAGACUAUUUUGACUGAUAUUGAACGUUGGCAGAAGGGAGUUGCAAGCACUGAUGUAUUUGGAGUCCCAGUUGAGGUCACUGUACAGCGUCAACAAUAUAUCAAGCCCAUUCCUUAUAUUUUGGUCAAAUGUGCAGAUUACCUCAUAUUAUCAGGCCUAAACUCACAAUACUUGUUUAAAGCUGAGGGGGAUAAAAAGGUCAUUCAGCAGCUGGUUUCUAUCUACAAUCAAGACUACACUGCUUCACUGCCAGAGGGUGUAAAUCCAAUUGAUGUGGCAGCUUUGGUAAAAUACUACCUUGCAAGUCUUCCAGAGCCUCUGACAACUUUUGAACUUUAUAAUGAUAUAAAAGGUGCUCGUUCUAGUAUACAUGCAAUGCGAAACAUACUGAAGAAGCUUCCCAGUGUAAACUACAUGACACUAGAGUAUAUAACUGCACUACUGCUCCGUGUUAGUCAGAAGUCGCUUCUUAAUAAGAUGGAUGCUCAUAGUCUUGCCAUGGAAAUGGCCCCUGUUAUUAUGUGGCAGAAGGAUCGGAAACCAGACUCCUAUAGGCAAUAUUGGAGUCAUACAUCAAGAAGUCCUUCAAAGAAGAACAUGGAAUCAACACCAGAUUACAGUGCUUGGGACAUGUUAGCUGAUGAGAGUGAAGUUAUGGAUGCAUCCUCUCCCAUUCCCUUGGAUGAUGGCAUGCCAGUCGACUUUGGCGUUAUCGAGGUUGUUCAGUGCCUCAUAGAACAGCAUAACGCAAUCUUCACAGAUGCAAAUGAGACCGUUUGGAGGUAAGCUAGAUUCAGUCAGUUUCCAGCUGCCACCCCGAUGAAUUCAUCAAGCUAGAAAGUGAAACCAAUAUUUGAUGAAACAUUUCGUAGAGAUGUAGCAACCUGGGUGAAUUUUGAGGGUGUGGUUGUGUAAAUUGUAGUCCUUAGAAUCUAUAUUUUACCCAACAAAUUGAAGGAAUAAGAUUGGCAAUAUUUUACCCUUUUGCUCUUGUGAAAAGUUUGAGCGGUUAGAUUGUUGUUGAACAAAAGCUCAAUAAUGGAUGAAGUUGGAUGGUUGGUUCUUUUCGGUGAA